AUGAUAUUCUGGGCAAAUCUCAUACAGACCCUUGCCGUUGAAGGCAUACAGCAAGGCCAUCCGAAAACACGAAUGCAGGUAAUUGCAACUGCAAUCGUUUAUUUCAAACGUUUCUAUGCUCGACGCUCUUAUAAAGAUGUUGAUCCACUUCUUAUUGCUUGUGCUUCCGUGUUCCUUGCGUCAAAGGUUGAGGAACACGGUCUUAUGUCCAUGUCCAAUCUCAUCAAAACAAUCCCCAAUUGUCUGAAAAAAUGGCCUAACCUUACAUACGAUGCAUCGUCGAAAAAUAGUGGUCUAUAUGAUGCUGAGUUCAUAUUGGUCGAAAUGCUCGACUGCUGUCUUGUAGUUUACCAUCCGUAUCGCCCUCUCACUACAAUGCUGCAGGUUAGAACAAACUUUGGCGUUAUUUCCCCUUGUGGUGGGAGGGGGGAGGAGGGAUUGUCACUUCUAUAA